CCGCCGCUCGUCUCCCAGAGACUUUGCAAACUUCGUCGUCAACUUUUUCAACCAACUCAACCAAGUAAACAUGUCUGGCCGUGGCAAGGGUGGCAAGGGUCUCGGAAAGGGUGGUGCUAAGCGUCAUCGCAAGAUUCUCCGUGAUAACAUUCAGGGUAUUACAAAGCCGGCUAUCCGCCGUCUCGCUCGCCGUGGCGGUGUCAAGCGUAUCUCUGGUCUGAUCUAUGAGGAGACACGAGGUGUUCUCAAAAUCUUCCUGGAGAACGUUAUCCGGGACUCCGUGACAUACACUGAGCAUGCCAAACGCAAGACUGUGACCGCCCUCGACGUGGUCUACGCCCUCAAGCGGUCAGGGCGCACCCUCUACGGUUUCGGUGCUUAAGCUUGCAUGUCUCGUGUAUUUAUGGCUCGGAGUAUCUUCGGUGUAUUAAUAAUUAGUGUAACGCUAGUGUCGUAAUUUCAUCCUUUCUCUCCUG